AACAGAGAUGCUAGCGAUGAGAUAUUUGAUUUUGUAACGCAGGAGUUGUUCUGGAUUAACUGAUUUUUGAUUCUUUCAUAUACUAUGCGGCCAUCUCCGAGAGCUUUCCUAACUUUUGAUGUCAGAUGGCCAUGACCGCGACACAGAUGGUAAUGCGGCUUACGAAUGCAUAUGAUCUUCAGGAUAAGCAUCUGCUUCAUGAUUUACUUUCCCUAUGCCCCAUGCCCAUGACCUGUUGACUUUUCACUUUCGCUUUCGACACGUGUUCUUCUUAUAAUUCCUUACUUGAUGCCUUAUUUAUGUAGCAGCAUAGACAGGCAUAAGCGUAGGUGGGUCUAUCAUGCAUCGCAUAAAGAGGACUAAUUCUUCAGACAAAUUUUUCUACAUGAUUCCUUCAUCGAUUGAGUACUAGAAUUUAGAAUCUUCACAGCUUCAACUUCAACAGGUAUGAGGAGUAGACAAACUGAAACUUCUGGAUCUGGAUCGAGCUUUGAAAAACCAGCACAGAGUAAGAAGCGUUUCUUUUCUACCGCAUAAAUUUCAAUAAUCGUUGUCGUAGUUUCUUAUUUGCAUCAAUGUACCAGAGACAAGGUAAGGAGCUGGGUCCCGACAGCAUGCGGUCCCUACCCGGGAUCUCACAAAGUGCUGCGUCGAUAAUUUCCGACAGAUCGGUCGUCCCUGUCAUUAGCAACGCGUCGUCUUCUUCAGCUUUAGCGGGGAUCGCGAACGACAUUGCAACACGGGCCGUCCAGGGAGGAGCACGCGGCGCAGGCUACGCGAGUGCGCAGUACAGCCUGAUGCAAGGUCGCAAUACGCCCAAUAACAUGCUGCAAAAUAGACUUCCGUCUGCCGGAUCAACGGCACAGUCUGCCUUUCUCGAUCUUGGAGGACAACUUGGAGGUCAUUUGAGCGCAAACCAAGCCCGCUUAUUCCCUGCGGGAGACGCAGAGCACGUAGACGUCAACGACCUGAUCGGCCGAUCGUAUGAGCUUCAAGUGGAUCUCAGAGAUGUGCGUCAAGUGGAUGACGCGAACGACGAUCCUGUGGAUGUGGGUGGUUUGGUAGGCGAAACCAGUAAGGAUACCACGGAACUGCCACUAGAAGAUGCCGGCUUUUUGCAACAAGGUGCGACAUCGCUUUUCUCUGGGCGUGGUUUAUUUGCUCCUACUGGAGGUAAAGGUCGAUAUAUUCAAGUAAACGGGAGUCCCACUAAACCACCGUCUGCGCUUUCCGCUUCCGCAACGUCAUCCGGCGAGAUCAUGAGGCCGCAAGCCCAAGGGCUCGAUCUGCAACAAGCACUGAAUGCCUUAGCAUUCCGAACCGGUGCAGAUUAUUAUCCUGACAGUGACCACACGGACGUAGAUCCCCUUACGGCUGCUGGUGAUCCUCUUUUGUUGACACCUGAAGACGGGGACGCUUUGAAACAGCGCUUAAUAACGGAGACUAUGGAACGAGCGCGUCACAUUGACGUUUUCGGGGACCGAAUGAACAAAAGUUUCCUGAAUCUUGAAGACGACCGAACCAUGCUUAGAGAGGUUGCGGCUGUGAAUGCACGCAUUCAGAAAAAUUUACAAGGUAAAAGGCGACUCAAAACGAAGGAUCCACUGCCAGGCAAGAAGAAAAGGGAAAGCCUCAUCGAUGCUGAAAGCAGCUAUAUCAAGCCACGGCACUAUGCGGGAACAGCGGAGGACGACGCGACUGAGAGUCGGGACGCUGCUGUGAACUCAUUGGCCUCUACAAAGAUGAGUGGAAGUAUGUCAUCGGGUAAACGAGUGUCUACAGGCUUUGGCAGCAACACGACCAGAACCGGCAAUACGAGAAAACCGACACCAGCAGAAGUUCUCAAGGCAAGAGAAGACAAGAAGAAGAACGGUCUCGGCGGUUCCUUUGUCGGAAAAAAUAAGAGAACAUCCGCGAUGGUCGCUGGCUCUCUCGCUGGAAACCCUGAGCAGGGAUUCCACUAUUUCAACAAAGCUAUCGAAGCAGAGCACCGCUUUAAGCAGUUCAUGCUACGACUGGAGCGCUACAAGGAAAUCCGUGAUCAGGAUCUCGAGAAAGCGCGGCUUAGAAGAGACAAGAAAUUGAAGUUGGAAAUAGCAGAGGCCGAAUUUUACAAAGCUAAGCUACUGGCUCAAGCGUGCGUACCACCGGAGUACCAUAGUAUGGAUAUCUAUGACAGGUAAAUCGCUCAUCUUCCCUCCAUUGAAAAUUUGAAAACUCGUCUACUUCUUACGUCUAUUCUUGGCUGUGAUGAAUAUCGCCUGUCCUUUCGGGUACAUGUUUUUCUCUUAUCGUUACUUAGCAGGGAAAGAGCAAUUAUAUGCUCAGACCACCGAUGACGAAGACACGUAUGAGUUAUCACUCCAUUAUUUUACCACGACUCAGAUGGUACAAGUUGCAUGCGCCGCGCAGAAAAGAGUGGCUUCUUCACGCACAACAGGAGGCAGCAAGGCAGCAGGAGGAGUGGCAUGCGAAGCAAAUGACUCCGGAGCACUUGAUUUCUGGCGAGCACAAGCUAAACCUGCAAAUCAGACUCGACAGUACUAUUUCUGACAAAUGAAUCAACAUAAUUUUCAUAUUAGUUAAGAUUUUAAUGGUAUUCGUAUUUACAACUCAUGAAAGAACCCGCAAUUUCUAGGUAUGUAUGUGUUCUGGAUAUUUUGUUUAGUCUCCAAGAUAGUCCGUGUAAGACUAUGUGAGACUCCUGCCAUGCCAUUUACAACUUAUUGGUGCUACUAACUGUUCGAGAAAAUGAUCGGUUCUGCAUUCGAACUUUCUUGCACAGCAACACCCUCUCAAUCAGAUUUUUGCCGUUAGAUAGGACGGGUACAGGUAUCGUGUCAUGUCAUUUAGAUGAAACGGACACUUUUGCUCCUUACUUGAAGAUGAUACUUUUUAUGUUCAACAUCGAAUCUAAUCCGUCUAUUUCUUCCUCCUGCUUAUUAUUUUAUACUCAAACCAAACAUAAUUCUCAGCUGAGGAUGCAGAGGAGCGUUGGGAGGAUUUCAUUAAAAGUCAGGAAGUCUGGAUGCAGCAGAAGCGUGAUGGAAUUAAGGAGGCCGAGGAGGCCCGUCGCGUCAAGGAGGACAAGGAAGCGAUGAAAUUCACUUUCAAGCCGACAACCAGAGCCAAUCGGGGAAGUCUUUUCGAAGCCGCCAUCAACGGUCAGUACUCAUGCGCCGACCCGGCUACCCGCAAGACCCGUUUCGGCGCAGCUGAUACCGCGCUCGUUCCAAAGGUGGAUGACCAGGAUCUAAUCGCUGACUACGCUGCCGAACACGCGAUUGCACUGAACUUCAAAAUACCACCGGCAGUAGCGACGAUCUCCGCACAGGACCCAUUCUUCAAGAAGAUCGGCUUCGCGAUCAAAAACUACGCUCGGGCAGUUCCGAAACUGGAUGAAAUUGAUGAGGAUCAGUAACGAAACACAAGAGACAACAAUAAGGUCAGGAGCUGCAACAGCAAGAUUUUAUUCAAGAUCAUUCUAGCACGAAUGGUUUAGCAGCCUAUCAGGUUAGAGUCAACACAACCUUGCUACUCACAGACUCAAACACGGUGGGGUGUUAUUUUCAUAUCAUCCUAGAUUAAGGCUCAACUUUCAGUGGUCAUUGGGGUUGGUCACUGAGAUCGAAGAGGCGACCCCUUGAGAGAACAGGCGAAAGCGAAGGGAAAAGGGAGAGCUAGAGCUUUGAAGGGGGUCGCUUCCGCUCAGAGUCAGUGGCCAAUGAGUGCUGGCUUUAACCAGAUGAAGGAGCUAGCCCUUGCGCUUCUCUGGUAAUGACUUAACUUCAAACCAAUUUCUUUCUAAAAAAUCUAAACGCCUCAUGAUGAUAAAGAUUUCCACAGAUAAAGACAUCGUUACAAUAUUCAAACGUCGCAACUGCAACAAGAACAACCGUAUGCAUGAGUCAGAGAUUCCGGCUCAGAAAAUAAUUCAGGUGUCGUAACUCUUAAUCUUAUGUUAGUGGAAUGGUGUACAAAAAUUUGGGAUCAUAAGACGGUCAAUCGCCUGCGAUGCGCCCUAGGACAUGCAUCCGUGUAGAUACGAAACUGUUUUUACCUGAACAUGUGCAUGUGGAUGUUGUGGAU